UUGGCAUCAACCCCAUUGAGUGAGAAAGUGGCCAUCUCUCUCUCUCUCUCUUUCUUAAUCAUGAUCAUCAACACAUAAAGUAAAAAUUAUAAAUCCAACAAAAGGUGAAAGGUUGGAAGGAAAGAAAAGUAAAUUCAUAAAACCAAGAACCUGAUUCAAAGUUUCCUAGUGAGAGAAAGAAAGAAAGAAAGGGAGAGAAGGAGAGACAAGAGAGAGUUUUUGUUUGAAACAAAUCUAAACAAGGACAGAAUUAUAUGUAAGAAAAAUUACAAAAGAAAAAAACAGACAGCAUGUUCUAUAGGAAAGGAGAGGGAGGAUAAAGACAGAGUCUUCUCUGGCUGCUGCUGAUCCCCCUCCUGCUCUUUCCUUCCUUUUGCUUAAUUUUGGUUUCUUUGCAAAAACUGGGUCUUAAAUAAGAUAGUUAAUUACAAAGCUUGUUUGCCCAUCCAGGUGGAGACAGUAAUGCUAGGAACAUGGGGAAGAGAGGGAGCUGGUUUUCUACAAUCAAGAAGGUCUUUCUACCCAACUCCAAGGACAAGCUAGCCAAUGAAUCAGAUAGGAAAAGCACAAAAGAAAAGAAGAAGGGCCUAGGAAAAUUAAGGCAUGCUGAUACAAAUACCUUCAUUCCACUGUUUAGAGAACCCAGUAGUGUUGAGAAAAUUUUGGGUGAGGCCGAAAGAGAGCAUAAAUUAAUUUUCAGGCCUCCCACAUCUCCUGAGCAACCAAAAACACCACCUUUUGCACCUCCCAGAGUUGCUUCUGUAAGGGUUCCUUCUCAAAGAGUUACCUCCCCAAGAGCUGCUUCUCCUAGAGUUUCUUCCCCUAGAGCUGCAUCUCCAAGGGUUCGUUCCCCCAGGGCAGCUUCUCCAAAGAAUGUUCUUCGUCAUAAGGAGACAUACUACAGACCAGAACCAACUCUGAGGAACCACCAUGCUUCAGCCACCAAGAUCCAAGCAGCCUAUAGAGGCUAUAUUGCAAGAAGGAGCUUUAGAGCUCUGAAGGGCCUGGUGAGGCUUCAAGGAGUGGUAAGAGGACAGAGUGUGAAGCGGCAGACGAUGAAUGCGAUGAAAUACAUGCAGCUCUUGGUCCGGGUCCAAUCUCAGAUUCAGUCACGGAGGAUCCAGAUGUUAGAAAACCAAGCACGGUGUCAAGGUCAAUAUAGGAAUGAUAAAGAAGUGGAGAGUACCUUGGGCAAAUGGAGCAUGGCUUCUGAGGCAGGUGAUGAGGAUUGGGAUGACAGCUUGCUAGCAAAAGAGGAAAUUGAGGCAAGGUUGCAGAGAAAGGUGGAUGCAGUUAUCAAGAGAGAAAGAGCAAUGGCAUAUGCAUAUUCCCACCAGUUAUGGAAAUCAACUCCAAAAUCUGCUCAAUCAGCUCUAACGGACAUUCGAUCCAAUGGGUUCCCAUGGUGGUGGAACUGGUUAGAACGUCAAAUACCUCCAACAAAUCCUCCUGAAAGCCAAGCCGUGAAGAAUUUUCGUCUUACAUCGCCAAGGCCUCCUGAAAGCCCAGCCAUAAAGAAUUUUCAACUUACACCACCAAGGCCACAUUCUGAGAUGAAGGCUAGCCCGAGGCCAUCAUCAAGCACCCACAAGCAACAGAAUUUUGGGUUUGAUAGUAUGGACACUCCCACACCAAGAUCCAGUAAAUCAGUUGCAUUUGUGUCGACGAGACAAGCACGAACUCCUGUACACAGAACUCCACAAGCAAACACCUCAGGCUUGUCAAAAUAUUCAAGAGCGAGAACUAGUGGAGCUGAAUCCCCUUUCGACUUACCAUUGAAGGAUGACGAUAGCCUGACCAGUUGCCCACCCUUUUUAGUGCCAAACUACAUGGUUCCUACAGUUUCAGCCAAAGCCAAAGCUAGAGCUAAUAGUAAUCCCAAGGAGAGGUUUCCAGGGACCCCAAGCAGUGAAAAGAGGAGGCUUUCAUUCCCUCUAACACAAGGCAUUGGAUCAUUCAAGUGGAACAAAGGGUCCUUGUUCUCUAACAAGGAUUCAAGUUCUCAAAGGGUUUUAGAUAAACAUGAGUCACUUAAUUUGAGCGUGGAUUCAACUGUCUCUAUGCCUGCAACAGUUGGAAGAAAGCCAUUUAACCGAUUUGUGUGAUUUUCUUUUUCAAAUAUUUUUAACAUUUUUUUCAUACUUCUUGGUGUCAUUUGAUUGAGUGUAUGGUGAUAUUUUCCAAAAAUCCUGAUGUAAUAUAAUGAACCAACAAAUAGAAAGUGAUGGUUUGAAUUUAAGAGUGUGCUUAUUCUGAUUGUUUUAA